GCCACUCUGACCCUGGCUAGCACGAGUAUGGCGUCUCUAGCUCUGGCCCGCAGCCUGCGCACGUGCGCGCGGCGAUCGGCGCCGCUCAUGUCGGCGCGCGCCUUCGCGUCCGUGCCGACCCCCGAGGCGCCUAAGUUCUCGGUGGUGGACCACCCGGUGACCGCCGACGCCAUCAAGCCCGAGGACUACUUCGCCGUGGUCAAGCUGGCGGGCACGCAGUACAAGGUGACGCAGGGCGACGUGGUGAUCGCCGAGAAGAUCAAGGACGCCAAGGUCGGCGAGAUCAUGGACAUCGACGAGGUGCUGCUGCUGGGCAACGUGAACCAGACGAUCGUGGGACGGCCGCUGGUGGAGGGCGCCAAGGUGCGCGCGCGCGUGGAGGAGCAGACGCUGGACGCCAAGAUCGACGUGUUCAAGAAGAAGCGCCGAAAGAACUACCGCCGCUGGAACGGUUUCCGUCGCCAGGUCACCGUGCUGCGCGUCACGGACAUCGUCCCUAUCGACGCCUAAGCAGGCGGACAGCAGGCAGUAGAGAUACAAACAGGCAAGGGGGAAGCAGGCGAACAGGGACGCGUUGGAGCAGGAGGUUGGCAUUCUGCGCCAGGAGAUAUCGCCAGACGACAGUCAAAUUGUACUUUGGAGCAACGCAGAUGCAGUACAGUCAGCCCCCGGCUCCAUCGACCACCAUUUUGCUCGCUCCUCCAGCGGACAUAAUAACAUGCGAGAAAAAAACUUAAAAAAACUUCAUCCAC